AAAAGAAGGGCAUGACCCAAAACCCCUUCACCUUCAUAUGGGACCCAAGCAUGCUCAUUGGUUUCCAGAGAAGGCACAGAGAGAGAGCCUUUCUACUACAAAACCCAUCUCUCCCCCACCAUUUCUAGCGCAUCACACCACACGCUUUUUUUCUUAACCUUUCAGUCUCUCUUUCAGGCAUUUCGUCGAACACUUUCUUAAAAAGAAAAUAUCUCGCUUUCCCUAACAUGGCCAGACCACAACAACGAUAUCGAGGCGUCCGACAAAGGCACUGGGGUUCUUGGGUCUCUGAGAUACGCCACCCAUUGUUAAAGACUAGGAUUUGGCUUGGCACGUUUGAAACUGCCGACGAUGCCGCGCGAGCCUACGAUGAGGCUGCAAGGCUAAUGUGUGGACCAAGAGCAAGAACCAACUUCCCUUACAACCCGAAUGCAUCGCAGUCGUCAUCGUCAAAGCUGCUCUCUGCGACAUUGACAGAAAAACUGCAUAAAUGCUACAUGGCUUCGCUUCAAAUGACCAAACAAUCUGUUCACGAGAAGCCAAAAAAGACACCAUCUUCACACAAUAUCACCAGUAAUGUCAUUUCUGUGAAGGGUAUUGAAAUGGGUUUACUGCCAUUGCCAGACAAGGGAGAAAUGGCAGUUCAAGUGGAGAGUCCUCAGCCUUUUAAGCUACUUGAGGACGAUCACAUUGAACAAAUGAUUGAAGAACUUCUUGAUUAUGGUUCAAUUGAGUUAUGCGCUGAUUUCCCAGCACAGGCUCUGUAAUGUGUCUGCUAAUGCAGACAGGUAUUUGCUAAUUUAACUCAUUUUUAUUCAACAUUGGCAGCAGGGCUCAUUCAAGAGUACUAUUGGAAAGUUUAGAACCCAAUUUAGGUCCUAAAACUAUGUUUUAAGUGACUAGAUUAUCAUUAUGUUCCUCUUAAUGUACUGUAAAUCAUGUUAUAUAUUAUAAUGUUAUGGCUUCUCUGUUUCAA